UAUUUUAAAUCUAAUUAGUUAAGCGUAAUAAUGUAAUAUAAUUAUUUGUUUAGACUUAUUGAUGAAUUAUAUCUGAAAUCUUGCAUCAAACAUUUUUAAUAUUUUAUCAAAUUUACUAUGAAGCCAAUACUUUUGAGAAUAAAGCCUAAAAGCAUCCGCUUUAUGAAAUUUCAAAAAUCUAAAAAUCCAAAUAUUAAAAAUGUCAUAUUGAAUGAAUAUACAAGUUUGAAAUUUGAAACUUGGAAAAAUAGUAAUGCAAUCUUUUUUAUCUGCUCAAACUUACAUUAUCACGGAUCUAUAUAAAAUUUUAUAUAUUAAUUCCAGUCUAAAUAUAUUUGAUCAAUACUACAUAUACAACCUUAUCAUUAAAGUCUCCCAUUCAUAUUUGAUCAGAAUUUAUCAGCUGAAAUUUAUACAUCAUAAAUAUAAUCAUUAUAGAAGAAUAUAUAGAAGUAAAAUUAUACUUACAAACUUGUUAGAUCACAUUUUGGGGUUGUUAGUUUAUUUCUUAAAUUCAAAAAUUAAUAAAUUCGAUUCAAAUUUUAUAAAAAGUAUAGUUUAUAUUAAAAAUAUCACUUCGUUAAAAAUUUACGAAAAAAUGGGUAACGGUGUUUCUUCUAGUCAUAGUAACCACCCCAUUACCACUUCCAGAGUAGGAAAAGAUGGUGGCUUUAAACCGAAGUUGUCGAAAAACUCAAUAAACAACUACAAAAAUAAUACAAAAGGCUCAUCGGAAUACAUAAUUUUUAAUGGGGAAAAGGUUGAUUCGGCACAAUUUCACAAUAUAAUCGUUAAUAUGCAAUCUGAACUUAAUUCUCGUGAUGAGCAAAUGAACAAAUUGGAAAAUUUAUUAAGAACAUCCAACAAAUCUAUAAACGAUAAGAAUAUCGAGAUUAAUCAACUGAAACAAGAAAUAGACAAAUUAAGAUCAGUAUUAGAUCGAACUACAUCCAAUGUUCUCGCUGCUUCAUCUUAUUCCAAACCUAUUGAUAAAGAUAAUAAAAUUGAUAAUUCCAAAAUGUCAGUCAUUAAAGAAGAAUCACAGGUGUCCGGGGGUAACACUUCAAAAGCUUUAGACAUAAAAACCUCCUCUAACAACUCAACAAUGAAACCUACGCCGAUUACCUCUAACAUAACACUAGUAGAUGAAAGAAAAAAAGGCGUAUCUGGGGAGAGUGCGUCAAAAAACGAAAUCGUUUUCUUAGAAAAACACAAUAAGGGCAUUAGAUCCAAACAAAUGAUAAAAGAUGCAAUUUUGAAAAAUGAUUUUCUCAAAAAUUUGGAUCAAUUACAAAUUAAAGAAAUUAUCGAAUGCAUGUACGAAAAAUAUAUUAAAGCUGAGCAAUGGGUCAUUAGAGAGGGUGAUCUCGGGCAGCAUUUAUUCGUUCUAGCUGAAGGGGAACUAGAAGUAAUGAAAAACGAUAAAAGUAUUGGAUUAUUUGGCCCAGGAAAUGCCUUUGGAGAAUUGGCUCUUUUAUAUAAUUGUCCCAGAACUGCAUCCGUGAAAGCCGUGAGUGAUUCUAAAAUUUGGGUUUUAGACCGUAAAAUAUUUCAAACGAUUAUGAUGAAAACUGGAUUACAGCGUCAAGAUGAGAAUAUAAAAUUACUUAGAAGCGUUCCGUUAUUACAAAAUUUGCCCGAUGAUAAGUUGGCUAAGUUGGCAGGAAUAUUGGAAUUGGAAUUCUUUCACGGGGGAGAAUACAUAAUAAGAGAGGGUACUUUUGGUGAUGACUUCUUCAUAAUUAUUUCGGGACAAGUUUUGGUGACUCAAAAAAUUCAAGGACGAGAACAGCCACAAGAGGUUAGGAAAUUGAAUCGAGGUGAAUAUUUUGGGGAAAGAGCUCUUUUGAAAGAGGAUCGUCGUACUGCUAACGUAAUUGCACUUAUACCUGGUGUUGAAUGUUUAACGAUAGAUCGAGAUUCAUUUGUUCAACUGAUAGGAGAUCUCCAAGAAUUUCAAAAUAAAGAUUAUGGCGAUGAAGCUAGAGGAGCACAAAGAAUAUCUCUCGAAAGUAGCGAUAAAUUGGUUAAAGUUGAUCCGGAAUAUCAAAAUUUGACACUAAAAGACAUCGAAACCAUAACUUGUUUAGGACAAGGAGGCUUCGGAAGAGUUGACUUAGUUCACGUAUAUUCAGAUCCGAAUAAGAGUUAUGCUCUGAAAUGUAUAACAAAACAAUAUGUCGUUGAAUCGAGACAACAAGAACAUAUAUUUAACGAGAAAAAAAUUAUGAUGGAAAUUUCUCAUCCUUUUAUUUGCAAGUGCUUUCGUACAUUUAAAGAUAGUAAAUACGUAUAUUUAUUACUUGAAGCUUGUUUAGGUGGUGAAGUUUGGACUAUAUUGCGCGAUAGAAAUCAUUUUGAUGAUAUAACUGCCAGAUUUUAUACCGCCUGCAUUAUAGAGUCUCUUGGAUAUUUACACGAUAGAGGUAUUAUAUACAGAGAUUUAAAACCAGAAAAUAUGCUUUUAGACACUAAUGGAUACUGCAAAUUGGUUGAUUUUGGGUUUGCUAAAAAAAUUGGCAUUGGGAGGAAAACCUGGACAUUUUGCGGAACUCCAGAAUAUGUAGCCCCAGAAAUUAUUUUAAAUAAGGGCCACGAUCAAUCUGUUGAUUAUUGGGCUAUAGGCAUACUCAUGUUUGAACUCCUGACAGGAAUGCCCCCUUUUACAGCUUCAGAACCAAUGAAAACAUACAAUCUCAUAUUAAAAGGUAUUGAUAUGCUCACAUUUCCUAGACAAAUUAGUAAAACUGCUCAAUCUUUAAUCAAAAAACUUUGUCGUGAUAAUCCAGCCGAGCGUUUGGGAUAUCAAAAAAAUGGAAUUAGUGAUAUUCGAAAACAUAAAUGGUUUCAUGGAUUUGACUGGGAAGGCUUAGUUAAAAAACAAUUAACUCCACCGAUUAAACCAAUCGUCACAGGACCAAUGGAUCAUGCAAACUUUGAUAUAUUUUCAAAUCCACUUGACUAUGAACCUCCCAAUGAAACCUCGGGGUGGGAUGACGAUUUUUAAUUUUAUUAUUUAUGUUUAUGCUCCUUAUUAUAUAUAUAUAUAUUAGUUAAAAAAAUGAGAAUUUAUUUAUUUUUGGCAUGGGCAGACAUGUUUUCAAAGAAUCAGUUGAAUAAAAAAGAAAA